CAGUGAGCCGGAGCAUGGGGGGAUGUGGGCGGAGCGACGGUCGGAGGUCCAGGUGGUCGAGUUUGCGUAAAAACGCACCAAACAUUCCGCAAACUCCUGCGAAACCAGCAGCGAGCGUCACUUCAAGAGAACAGACAAGCUGCUGGCACCUCGAUGAAUGAAUAAUCCGUGCCUCCAGAGAAACCCUGCAGGAUUUGAUGCCUGAAGAAAUAAUCAAAUAACGAGCGGAGCGUUGUGCGUCGCUGCGAAGACAACCGGACAAAACGGGAGCAAACUGAUCAACAGGCUGAACUUUGUUUUUUAACUAAUCGAUUUAUUUUCCUGAGACAAAGACGGCUUGUCUCAGCGACCAGUGGAGAUAUGUUCAAGAAAAGCAAGAGUAAAGUGCUGGUGGAUUAUGCGUCAGAAGAAGACGACAUGUCCUGGCACUAUCAUCACUCCUACAAGGACAAAGAUAUAGAAGGAGAGGAAGAAGAGGAGGAAGCUGUCAUUGGUCUACCCAAGGAGGACAAGGUGAAGAAGAUCAUGUCCAAGAAGGAGAGGAGGGAGAAGAAGAUGUUCUCCUCUAAAGACGACGAGCACUUCUUGUUGACGGGAGUGAAACUGGCUGACCGCAGAGGGUCUCACAAGAAAAUCAAAGACGACGAAAAGGAUAAAGAAAAGAAGGACAAGCCGGAGAAGGGCCACUGUUUCUGGGAGAGUGUUACCAUGACGAUGAGGCAGAUCUCGCCCACCAAGAAGCUGGAGAAGAUGGAGGGCUGGGAGCCGCCUCAGCUGGAGGACUUAAACGAGACUGAGACAGAUGAUGCCCUGGAGGACAAGACCUUGGAAGGGUACUCACCGUCCCCUCUACCCGAGUCUCCAGGCCUUCCGUUGGACUUGGCCUCCUGGGGGGGGCAGGGCCUGGAAGAGGACUCUUCCCGCUACGCUAACCUGUCGGACUCCAAGGAUUCAACAGCGGCUGUCACGUGGACGGCCCGCGCCAAAGUCAAGCUGGCCGGCAUCAGCAGGAUGAGCAGAGGGAUUGUGUCGGACAUUGCGUGGGAGGGGUUUAAAUAGUGGCCAUUUAAAGUUGUGAUACUCCCUCUGUCCUUCACCUGUGUCGUGAGGAUGAAGACCUGAACCAAAUAUCUGCUUGUCUUCGUAGUCUUUAAACUUAACAGGUGCUAACCGGUGUUGAGCUGCUGUACUGUAGUAAAGACCUGCGCAUGAAACAUGAAGUUUGUUUUUGGUAUUUUAGCUUUAAAGUCAAUGAAGACAACAUGUUAGUUUUAUCAAUGGGCUUUUUUAUUUGUGAAAGUUUUAAAUCACUGGUAUAAAUUGUAUAGUAAAACAAAUGAAAGCCUUAAAAUGCCUGACCUGUAGAUAUGUGAUUUAAAAGUGAUUUUUCAUGUCAUUUUUGUGGCUGUUAUUAUUUUAGUAUUAGAGAAUUGAUGAAUAUGCAAACCUACUCCAGAUUUUAUAAAGUUAGACUGGUUCUCAGCUCUUCUACGUCUAUGCCGUUACAGAAUGUGAGGUUGAAGCCUUAACUUAUGCAUCAAUACUGAGCUGUGCAAUCUGGCACACCGGUGUGUGUAACUGUUGCUGUGUGUGUGAGAGGUGAAAGAUGAUAAAGAAAUAUACAGACAGAAGCUCCAUAAAAUGUCCGGAAAAUUGGUUCUGGACAUUUUCUGGAGUUUGCCUUUUACAUAUAUAGAACACAGCUGGAGAUUGUCCGACUCGUUCACAACAGGAAAAUGCUGCAGAAAUCGUGUUUUUGUUUCCAGCGCAUCGCCACUGGUGUCGACUCUCGGAUGUCGUUGUGUUUCCGAGUUGAAAUCUUUGUCUGCAUCUUUGUAUUAGAUUUGUUUUUUUCUUCAGUUUUGUGUCAGACACAUUUUCCAGACAUUUUACCAGGGGGCAGACAUGUCGAGCUCUCUCACUCUGGUAAGAUUUCAGGAAAAUGUUUCAGUGCUUGUCUGAAAACAGCUAGAGACUUUGUCACAGUUAUGACUCACAGGGGACAUUGCUGAACAUAUCUGCUGUUGUUGAAACGCUGCUUUCAUA